AUGUCGAGCUCAAAAGCUCAAGACGCCACUUCGGCCAUAUCGGAAGACAAGGAUAAACCUGCUGGGCCGCUUGCUGUGCUAGAGGCAUGCGUCCGUGACAAUUCCCAGGUGCUCAUCAACUGCCGGAGCAACCGUAAGCUUCUAGGCCGCGUUAAGGCUUUUGACCGGCACUUCAACAUGAUUCUGACCGAUGUUCGUGAGAUGUGGACAGAGACGAGCCGCGGCGGCGGAAAGAAGAAGUAUGUCAACAAAGACCGUUACAUCUCUCGCCUUUUCCUGCGCGGUGAUUCAGUGAUCGUCGUGCUUAGCAACCCCAAAUGA